AUGGCUACAAUCAGACAUGCUCGACGGGAAGAUGCCCCCGUGAUCCUCGAGCUCAUCCAGGCCCUCGCCGAGUACGAAAAGGAGCCCGAUGCCGUCGAGGCCACCGUCGAGUCACUCGAGAGGACAAUUGCCUUUGCCCCGUCCGACUCAGCCGGCAACGACGCCACGGUCCCCAACACCGAAGCCAUCACUCCUGACCGGCCAUCCCGCUGCUUGCUGCUCUUCUCCCCCGAGGGCAAGGCCGUCGGAAUGGCACUGUAUUACUACAACUACAGCACGUGGCGGGCCAAGGCCGGCAUCCACCUGGACGAUCUCUUCGUCCAGCCUUCCGAGCGUGGGCGAGGGUACGGCAAGAGACUGUUGGCCGAGCUGGCGAAGCAGGUCGUCGCCAUGAAGGGCGGAAGGCUCGAAUGGGUCGUGCUCAAGUGGAACGAGCCCAGCAUCAACUUCUAUGAGAGUCUUGGAGCGCAGGCGUUGGAUGAGUGGGUUGGCAUGCGCCUUGACGGAGAGGCAUUGGACAAGUUGGCACAUUCUUUGGAUUAG